AUGGAGCGUCCAGUCACGCCUCCGGCGGCUGCGACCAAAUCGCAAGCUGCGUCAUCGAAAACCCCAGAGAUGACAAGGCGCAUAGGCACAAAAAUGCAACAGGAAGAGAGUCGCCUCCGAGCCAAAGCCAUCCGUGAACAGCGAGAGGCCGAGCAGCGAGCCUCGGGAACAGCGCAGGUUCUUCCCAAGUCGGCUGCUGGAUUCAUACCUACCGAACAUGUGCACGUCUCGAAACCCGCAAAUGGAAAACGGCCGUUCAACGACAUGUCGACAGGAGAUAUUGCGGCUGGCAACAACCGCGAUGGGCGUCACGUGGGGGACGAGGCGGCCCUGCGACCGGCAAAGAAGUUUACCAAAUUUGUAGACUACAACAUGAGCUCGAUGACGGACACAAAAGGCGGCUUCCUCUCCAUGGAGGAUGACCCUCAUAACUAUGCGCUAGGCGUUCAGAAGCCCGGUCAGGCAGACGAGCAGAGACCAAAGGGCAUGACGAUCCAAGAAUGGGAAAAGCAAAAAACGCUACAAAACUUGAGGAGGCUAAAAGCAGGUCCUUUUGAGCCGGGCAUCAGUGUUUUGGACGACCAAAAGACGAGGAAGAUAUGCCGAGAAUGCGCAAGUCUGGAGAUUGACUUUGUGUGGGAAGAAGUCUUUCACAUCUGCGUGUGCAACAAAUGCAAAGAUAAAUAUCCCGAAAAAUAUUCUCUGUUGACCAAAACAGAGUGCAAGGAAGACUAUCUCCUGACAGAUCGUGAGUCAUACCUCGCUUCUCUCACGCAGAUUGCCGAGCUGCGGGACCCCGAACUGCUUCCUCAUUUGAACAAGCCAAAUCCGCACAAAUCCCACUGGCACGACAUGAUGCUCUUCUUGCGGUUUCAGGUCGAAGAAUAUGCCAUCGGCACGAAAUGGGGUUCGGCCGAGGCGUUGGACGCGGAAUACGAACGGCGCGAGUCGCAGAAGAAGGCCCGCAAAGAGGCAAAAUUCAAAGAGAAGCUGCUGGAUCUAAAGCGAAAGACGAGGACAGAGGCGUUUCGACGACAGGCAGGGACACUCGGCAACAAGAAUGGGGCACCAAGCAAGUUUGGCGAUGCCGUAGGCGGAGGGGGCCGACACGUGCAUGAAUGGGGGCGAACAGUCGAGAACGAAGAGGGCAUGACUGUCAAGACGUGCGUGACGUGCGGAAUGGAGGUGGAAGAGUUGGAAUUCUGA